UAACAGCUGUUGUAUAGGGAAGGGCCUUAUUGGCAUAUAAAAGCUUGAGUCCGACACAAAUUAGUAUCAUUUGCUUCCCGCCUUUCCGUGCCGCCUGAAGUACAGUCAUUCUCUAUACCCCGCUCUCAACAUGUUGUCCUUCGUAUUGCCGCUGGUGCUGCUGUGUGCAGGCGUGCACAGCCAGAAUCGUAACGCCGCCUCCAUGACUGUCAACUCGGACGGCUCCUCUGUCUUCGCCACCAAACUGGGCUUGGCUCAUAACGACAAGAAUCAGAUCAGCACCCUGUUGUCUAAGUCUUCAACGGGAGUAAUCAGCAAAGGACUCGCUUUGGACAAUGUGAAUGGCCACGAGCUUUCAAUAUCCCAGACGAACAUUCCUGGCUUCGGGAGCCAGUUGACCGGCGCGGGGAAGCUGAAUCUGAUUAACAACCAGAACCACCACCUCGAUGCUAACGCUUUCAUCACCAAAAACAUGCCCAACAUCCCGCAAGUGCCCAACUUCAACACCGUCGGCGGCAACCUGGACUACAUGUUCAAGGAUCGUGUGGGUGCGACCCUGGGCGCUGCAAGGACCCCUUUCCUGGACCGCACCGACUACUCGGCGAUGGGCAAGCUGAACCUGUUCCACUCCCCCUCCUCCUCUAUCGACCUCAACGCUGGAUUCUCCAAAAUUGCUUCCCCUCACUUCAACACCAACUGGCAACCAGCGGGAGGAUUAACUUUGACUAAAUUCUGGUGAUCAUCGACUGCAGUAUUCAUUGUGAUUCUUUUAUAGUACUUUUAAUUUGGCAUUUAACUGUGAUAAACGAUAAAAAUAUAUAUUUAUGGAAUGA